CUCAUAGACUGGCCCAGAGCCCCAAGUCUGCUGACCCCAGGUUCCCUUCCCGACCCCCGUUCCCUUAAUUGGGAAGCCCCGCCCCGUGCGCACUGACGUCGAACGCCGCUGUCAGCCGGCGCUAGGGGGGGUCGGUUUGGGGUAGAAUGGCCGCUGCCGCCGUCACCCGCGGGACCCCGGGAGGGGGCGCCGCUAGGCGCAGGGCCCCUUCACGGAUCAGAGUGCGGGGAGAAUCCUCAGAGCCCCCUCACCGUGCUGCCGCACUGCCCCUUGCUGCCAGGUGUUCAUGAACUCUGCUCAGCUGCUUCUCCAGAACAUCCGGGUUUGCGGGCGGAACCCCCUCCCACCUCCGGGAUUCUCCCAGGACCCCCGCCCCCUUUGGGGAGAGCAUCCUACCCCCGGCGACUGUCAUAGACCACCACUCUCAGGCCCGCAGUCUCAUCCGGCUCCAGCUCUGCACCCUGGCAAACUGCCUAGUCGGAGCUGCGCACCUGCACCCUGGGGUGGACUUCUUAUCCCAACCCUAGCCUCUCUGCACACCUACGAUCCUGAAUGGGCUUCCACCCCCUCUCCAUCCCCGGACACCUGGCAGAACCCGCGCAGAGAGCCUCCUCCAGCUCCCAUCUGUUCCUCAAGAGGGCGGAGGCUCAGGCUGGAGCCAGAGCAGUAGAGGGGAUAUGCACAGACUCCCCCUCCCCCCGGCCCCUCAGGCCGGGGGUGACCUUGCCCUCCGGAACCUUCACCAUGAAUACCAAGGACACCACUGAGGUUGCUGAGAACAGCCACCACUUGAAGAUCUUCCUCCCCAAGAAACUGCUGGAAUGUCUUCCUCGAUGCCCACUGCUGCCUCCAGAGCGGCUCCGAUGGAAUACAAAUGAGGAGAUUGCAUCCUACCUGAUCACUUUUGAGAAACACGAUGAGUGGCUGUCUUGUGCCCCAAAGACAAGGCCUCAAAAUGGCUCCAUUAUCCUCUACAAUCGUAAGAAGGUGAAAUACCGGAAGGAUGGUUACCUUUGGAAGAAGCGGAAGGACGGGAAGACUACCCGAGAAGACCACAUGAAACUCAAGGUCCAGGGCAUGGAGCCUGUCUCCUGGCAGUGUCUCUAUGGCUGCUACGUUCACUCUUCCAUCGUCCCCACAUUCCAUCGGCGCUGCUAUUGGCUGCUCCAGAACCCUGACAUUGUCCUUGUGCACUACCUGAACGUCCCAGCCCUGGAGGAUUGUGGGAAGGGCUGUAGCCCCAUCGUUUGUUCCAUCAGUAGCGACCGGCGAGAGUGGCUGAAGUGGUCACGUGAGGAGCUGUUGGGACAGCUGAAGCCCAUGUUUCAUGGCAUCAAGUGGAGCUGUGGGAAUGGUGCAGAGGAGUUCUCUGUGGAACAGUUGGUGCAACAGAUCUUAGACACCCACCCAACCAAGCCAGCACCCAGAACCCAUGCUUGUCUCUGCAGUGGGGGCCUUGGUUCCGGAAGCCUUACCCACAAAUGCAGUAGCACGAAACACCGCAUCAUCUCUCCCAAAGUGGAGCCUCGAGCUUUAGCCCUGGCUUCUAUAUCCCACUCCAAGCCCCCUGAACCUCCACCACUGAUAGCUCCACUUCCUCCAGAGCUCCCCAAGGCACAUACCUCCCCAUCUUCCUCCUCCUCUUCUUCCUCCUCCUCAGGAUUUGCAGAACCCCUAGAAAUCAGACCUAGUCCUCCUACCUCUCGAGGGGGUUCAUCAAGAGGAGGCACUGCCAUCCUCCUCCUGACAGGACUGGAGCAGCGAGCUGGGGGCCUGACACCCACCAGGCACUUGGCUCCACAGGCUGAACCUAGACCUCCUGUGAGCUUGGCUGUGGUUGUAGGUUCUGAGCCUUCUGCCCCACCAGCUCCUCCCAGCCCUGCCUUUGACCCUGAUCGUUUUCUCAACAGCCCCCAAAGGGGCCAGACAUAUGGAGGGGGCCAAGGAGUAAACCCAGACUUCCCUGAGGCAGAGGGCACUCAUACUCCCUGUCCUGCCCUGGAACCUGCUGCGGCCCUGGAGCCCCAGGCAGCUGCUCGAGGUCUCCCUCCACAAUUGGGAGCAAGUGGGAGAAGGGGAAACAAAUUCUUUAUCCACGAUGAUGAUAGUGGGGAGGAACUCGAGGGUCCGGGAACGGUGCCGCCUGUACCGUCACCCCCCCCUUCACCCCCAUCCUCCCCAGCUGCCUUGCCAGCAGGCAGGGCAACCAGAGGAGAAGCCUUGUUUGGAGGCUCUGCUGGUGGCACCAGUGAGCUAGAGCCCUUCAGUCUUCCAUCAUUCCCAGACCUCAUGGGAGAACUCAUCAGUGAUGAAGCCCCAGGUGUCCCUGCCCCACCCCCCCAGCUCUCUCCUGCUCCUAACACCAUCACAGACUUCUCCCCAGAGUGGUCCUACCCAGAGGGCGGGGUCAAGGUGCUCAUCACAGGCCCAUGGACGCAGGCUGCAGAGCAGUACUCCUGUGUCUUCGAUCACAUCGCAGUGCCAGCCUCCCUGGUCCAGCCUGGUGUCUUACGCUGCUACUGUCCUGCCCAUGAGGUAGGGCUGGUGUCUUUGCAGGUGGCAGGGCGGGAAGGUCCCCUCUCUGCUUCUGUGCUCUUUGAGUAUCGAGCCCGCAGGUUCCUGUCUCUGCCUAGUACACAGCUUGACUGGUUGUCACUGGAUGACAGCCAGUUCCGGAUGUCCAUCCUGGAGCGCCUGGAGCAGAUGGAGAAGCGGAUGGCAGAGAUUGCAGCAGCUGGGCAGGCAUCUGGUCAGGGUCCAGAGGCUCCUCCAAUUCAGGAUGAAGGCCAGGGCCCUGGCUUCGAGGCCCGGGUGGUGGUCUUGGUAGAGAGCAUGAUCCCACGGUCCACUUGGAGGGGUCCUGAACGUCUGAUCCAUGGAAGCCCCUUUCGGGGCAUGAGCCUUCUGCAUCUGGCUGCUGCACAGGGCUACGCUCGGCUCAUUGAGACUCUGAGCCAAUGGCGGAGUGUGGAAACAGGAAGCUUGGACUUAGAGCAAGAGGUUGACCCGCUCAAUGUAGACCAUUUCUCUUGCACCCCUCUGAUGUGGGCUUGUGCUCUGGGACACUUAGAAGCUGCUGUGCUCCUUUUCUGUUGGAACCGACAAGCACUGAGCAUUCCUGACUCUCUGGGCCGUCUACCCCUAUCUGUGGCUCAUUCUCGGGGUCAUGUGCGCCUUGCCCGCUGCCUUGAGGAACUGCAGAGACAGGAGCUUUCAGUUGAGCACCCACUGGCUCUAUCCCCUCCGUCCUCUAGUCCAGACACUGGCCUGAGCAGCGUCUCUUCACCCUCGGAGCUGUCAGAUGGCACUUUCUCUGUGACAUCAGCCUACUCAAGUGCCCCAGAUGGCAGUCCACCCCCUGCUCCUCUGCUGACCUCUGAAAUUUCUAUGGAGAUGACCCCAGGCCAGCUUUCUUCUGGUGCCCCUGAGACACCCUUACUCCUCAUGGACUAUGAAGCCACCAACUCCAAAGAGGCUGCUCCCUCCCCUUCUGGUCUCCCACUAGCCCAGGAGGAUGAGGCUGCUCCUGAGGGUGCUGACAGCCCUCCAGCUGUGGACGUGAUCCCGGUGGACAUGAUCUCACUGGCCAAGCAGAUCAUCGAAGCCACACCAGAGCGGAUUAAACGAGAGGACUUCUCAGAGUUACCUGAAGCUGGACCCUCACCAAGGGAGCACACAGGCACUGUGGGACUCAGUGAGACCAUGUCCUGGCUCGCCAGUUACCUGGAGAAUGUGGACCAUUUCCCCAGCUCAUCUCCUCCUAGUGAGCUGCCCUUUGAACGAGGUCGCCCAGCUAUCCCUUCUGCACCUUCCUGGGCAGAGUUCCUCUCUGCAUCUACCAGUGGCAAGAUGGAAAGUGACUUUGCCCUGCUGACACUCUCAGAUCAUGAGCAGCGGGAACUGUAUGAGGCAGCACGAGUCAUCCAGACAGCUUUUCGAAAGUACAAGGGGCGGAGGUUGAAGGAGCAGCAGGAGGUGGCCGCAGCCGUGAUCCAACGUUGUUAUCGGAAGUACAAGCAGUUUGCACUCUAUAAGAAAAUGACUCAGGCGGCCAUCCUGAUUCAGAGCAAGUUCCGAAGCUACUAUGAACAGAAGAGGUUUCAGCAGAGCCGCCGAGCAGCUGUCCUUAUCCAGCAACACUACCGCUCCUACCGUCGCAGGCCGGGGCCUCCACACCGACCCUCAGGCCCCCUUCCUGCUCGAAACAAGGGCACCUUUCUCACCAAGAAGCAGGACCAGGCAGCCCGGAAAAUAAUGAGGUUCCUGCGGCGCUGCCGACACAGAAUGAGGGAACUGAAGCAGAACCAGGAGCUGGAGGGGCUGCCCCAGCCAGGACUGGCCACCUGACCUCUCCACCGCCUUUCUCCACAUCCUGGGGGCCCCUUCUGGCUGUCUAAACAAGGAGAGGGCUUUCGGGACUAGGGGAGCCCCCUGUCGGCAGCUCUUCCCCCUUCACCUUUAUGGGAGCCCUUCGUAGAACCCCCGCCCCAUCCCCAGCCUUACACGUUUCCUCCCUUCUGGUCGUGCCUCCUCUUUUCGUCCUUGGCUCCAGAAGACCCAUGCCCCACAUAUCUGCAUCUUCAGCUGUGACCUACGGAGCCCUGCCUGCACCUCCUCCAUAACCCCGUUCCUGCCUGCACCUGACUCGGACCUUCCUGACUUGCCUUAUUUAUUUGUUCAAUGAGUCUCUGAUGAAUGUAUCCGCCUCGGUCCCCACCGCUGCCUUCGCUGCGCGCGCCCUCGUGUUUCAGGGGUGACUCUGCCCCACCCUGACUCCGCAUGUUUGCGUCUGUUUCCUCCUUCCUGGCCUUGUCUUCCCCAUCACCCUGACUCUCUGGUCGCCCACUUUGGGGCCAAAGAGGAGGGGGUGUACAUAGGGUCGCGAGGCGGAGUCCCGCUCCCGUGGGGAGGGGUUUGUACAUAACUGUAACAUACAGAGUAUAGUGAAGAAUCUAUUUAAGGCGCUGCGCGGCCGGGUGUCUGGUUCCCUGGCGCGGCGGGAGCCCCCGGUUGGCUCCACGAGCACUUUCUACUUGUGCAUGGGCUUGGUUUAUACGAAUUGCCAUUAAACGUCUCUGCACCA